GAUACUGAGGAACAAACAGACCUAAUGGCACUGAAAGAGAAGAGGGAAGUACUGAAUGAAACUGAAGAGAAAGAUCAGUAUGAGAAGCUUCAUUAUUUCAUAACCGGAGAAAUGUCUUUUUGUUCCUUACAGUCUGAAAAGACUUGCACACGAAAAAGAGCUCAAAAGACAGGAACUAAGAGUUAUUUCACUUGCUUUCAGUGUGGAAAGAGUUUCAGUCAACAAGGAAACCUAAACAGGCACAAGAGAAUUCACAAUAGAGAGAAGCCUAACAGAUCCCCUCAGUGUGGAAAGAGUUCCAAUCAAAAUGGAAACCUUGAUGUCCACAGGAGAAUUCACAUUAUAGAGAGCCUUUUUACCUGCCAACAGUGUGGAAAGAGUUUCACUCGUAAAGAAAGACUUAACAGGCACAUGAGAGUUCACACUGGAGAGAAGCCUUUCACCUGCAAACAGUGUGGAAAAAGUUUCAAUCAACAAGGAAACCUUGACAGGCACAUGGAAAUUCACAAUCGAGAGAAGCCUAACAGAUCCCCUCAGUGUGGAAAGAGCUCCAAUCAUAAUGGAAACCUUGACGUCCACCGGCGAAUUCACACUAUGGAGAGCCUUAUCCCCUGCCAACAGUGUGGAAGCAGUUUUACUAAUAAAGGAAGCCUUACCAAGCACAUGAGAGUUCACAGUGGAGAGAAGCCUUACAGAUCCCCUCAGUGUGGAAAGAGCUCCAAUCAAAAUCAAAACCUUGAUGUCCACAGGCGAAUUCACACUAUGGAGAGCCUUUUUCCCUGCCAACAGUGUGGAAAGAGUUUCACUCAUAAAGGAAGCCUUAACAAGCACAUGAGAGUUCACAGUAGAGAGAAGCCUUACACAUGCCCUCAGUGUGGACAGAGUUUCAGACAACCUGGAAACCUUAAAGUCCACAUGAGAGUUCACACUGGAGAGAAGCCUUUCACCUGCCAAUGUUGUGGGAAAAGUUUCAGUAGACAUAAAACUCUUGAAGUCCACAUGAGACUUCAUACUGGAGAGAAGCCUUUCACCUGCACACAGUGUGGAAAGAAUUUCAGUCAACGUGUACAUCUUGAAGCUCACAUGAGAAUUCACAGUGGAGAGAAGCCUUUCACCUGCAAACAGUGUGGAAAGACUUUCAGUCAACCUGGAAACCUUAAUUACCAUAUGAGAGUUCACACUGGAGAGAAGCCCUUCACCUGCCAUUGGUGUGGAAAGAGUUUCAGUCAACAAGGAAACCUUAAUUACCACAUGAGAGUUCACACUGAAAAGAAACCUACUGGAAAGAAAUAAAACCUUUACGUCCUCAGGCGAAUUCACACUAUGGAGAGAUUUUUUUUUUUUUUUACCUGCCAACAGUGUGGAAAGGGUCUCACUCAUAUAAAGGAAGUCUUAACAAGAACAUGAGAACUCACACUGGAGAGAAGCCUUAGAUGUGUCCUCAGUGUGGAAAGAGUUUCAGUCAAAAAUAAUACCUUGAAGUCCAUAUGAAAAUUCACACUGGAGAGAAGUUGCAACCAAAAGUACCACAUGAAGAUUUACUCAUGAGGGACCUGUUUAAAUGUCAUCAGUGUGGAAUGAGAUGUACAGACAAGAAAAGCCUAGGAAUCAUGCAGGGACAUCGGAGAGAAGCCUAUCAUGUGCCAUCACUGUGGAAAGACUUUCAGAAACAAAGCAAAUCUUGAGUUUCACAUAAACUAGAUGAUGCAUACCAUCUUCCGUAGAGCUGCUUUACAGCUGAAUCGCAUCUUGAAACUUUGACAUUGGCACCUAACUGAAUUCAGUCAACACUGAACUGAUUCUAAUUGAAUAACUACAUUCGUUAUCUUUUGUAGAACUAUUUACAGCUGAAUUCAGUUCAAACUGAUGAACAGUUAUUGAUCUGAUCUGACUUAAGCUGAAUAAUGACAAUCUUGUCUUUUAGACCUGCUUUACAGCAGAAUUUGAUUUUCCUCCUGUAGCGUUGGGCUAAUCAAACACAAUAAUUUGUUAUAUUUAACAAAUAAUCCCUAACACCCCUCACCCAACCAACAAGCCAACUAUGAGGGUUUAUGGACCCUUCCUACGAAAUGUAAUUAACACCUCAAAAAGGCAGAACAGGCCUCUGGUUCCAUGGCAACCAAUGACAAAUCAUCUGAUAACACUGGUUUUAUUGCUCAAAGGAAUGUGGGCAGAGCAACUCUCACUACAUUUCCCCAUAGGAAAGGCUCAUAAUUCCCAUACAGAAUGACUCUUCUUUAACCCUCUGUCUGUCUAAUAUUUUCUU